AUCCAGUCCCAACUGGGGACGCUCGUCCCUUUGCGGAGCCCCGCGAUGAGUGAUUCCCCGAAGAUGAUCGACAUGAAGCUUCAAGAAUUGUUCCCUCAGGAAGAGUCUUUUUCCUCCCGGGCGUUCGUAGCCUGCAAUUUGCUCGAAUGGUGGUGACCUAGGUGUCCGCGAGGGAGAACCUUCACCCUCGACGCGGGUCCCUUUGUCAUAGUAUAAGAGAUGGCUUUGUAACGGUGAAUUGGGGGUGUACUCGCACGUCUGCAGCUCCAAUCGGGACAAUGUGGUUAAUUCAAACGCUCAUCGUUACUUGUUCCUUGCUUGCUCAAUCUGUGUAUGGAUCGCCUGUAGUCGAACGGCAUACAUCGCACAGCGACAAUCUCAAGGUCAAGACGAACCUCUUCUCCGUGCAGGGUGCCAUCUUCCCAAACGAGGCCCAGGUCCGCUUCUUUGGCAAUAUCCCAUACGCAGAGCCACCUGUUGGGAAUUUACGCUUCAGGCCACCAGUCUCUGCGAAGCCUCGAGAUGAGAUCAUCAACGGAACUUGGUUCGGGCCUUCGUGCAUACAGUACAGCUCCGGGGCUAAGACUGUAUACUCGGAGUACUUGACUGGAUUCCUACUAUCGCCAGGCCAGUCUACGAGCGAAGACUGCCUGACAUUGAACGUAUGGGCUCCCCUUAGAAGCAAAGAGGGUGACAAGCUGCCGGUUAUGAUAUGGGUGCAUGGCGGUGGAUUUACUUCAGGCGGAGCAGCGUCGCAGUACAAGUACGGCGACAGAAUCGUGAGGGAUCAGAAUGUCAUCGUGGUCGCGAUCAACUACCGUCUGAACAUCUUUGGAUUUCCCAAGGCUGCAGCCCUCGAUGGCCAUAACAUGAAUCCAGGAUUGCUAGACCAGCGGAAGGCCGUGGAAUGGGUGUACGAGAACAUCCACGCAUUUGGAGGUGAUGCUGGGAAGAUGACACUAUUUGGACAAUCCGCAGGAUCCAUGUCCGUGGAUGCAUACACCUAUGCUUAUCCGUUUGAUCCCCUCGUAAGAGGCUUUAUCGCGCAGUCUGGAACCGUCGGCACCUCAUCGUACACCUUUGACCCUACGGGCAGCAACUUCACCUACGUUGCCUCUCAGCUAGGCUGUAAUACCGCUGCUUCCAAAGACAAAGUUUUCUCAUGUGUGCAAUCCAAACCCGCAACGGACAUCAUCAGCAUUUACAACAAGUAUAAUGCUACGCUCAACAAUGGGCGAUCACUAUCCUUCGGCCCGACCGCCGACGACGAAGUCAUCUUCUCAAACUACACUGAUCGCCAGCAACGCGGGUUAUUCGCACAGCUUCCCACGGUCUACAGCAGCAAUAAUGCCGAAGGCUCUUCCCUCCUCGCAUACACACCUGAUGGCCCUCCAGGCGGCCAAGCUGCCAUUGAUGCCUUUACCAAGAGCUUCGGCACGUGCUCCACCGCCAAUGGCGCGUUGGCUCGCAAAAACAAGGGUGUUCACGUAUGGCGCAUACGAUACUUUGGCCAGUGGCCGAAUCUCAAUCCAUUUAACUGGCUAGGCGCAUACCACAGUGCUGAUAUACCGAUGGUAUUUGGGACCAGUGACCUUCGGGGCCCAGACACUGAGCUGGAGAAGGCAACGAGCAAAUACUACCAAGAUGCCUGGAUAGCCUUCGCUAAGGAUCCUGUAAACGGACUAGUGAAGUAUGGGUGGCCAAAGUAUGACCCAAACGCGGAGACGUUGGUCAAGUUGGGGAAUGGGACCGCAAAGGCAGUAUUUGCCAAGGGCAACCUCUUUGAUGCUGGUUGCUGACCAUCACUACUGGCCUCUCGUAAAUGAUCAAUCUUUUGGCUUACACCUUCUUCAC